AUGAUCAACAUGAAAGAGGGGGCGGAGGAAAAGCCCCAAACGCCCCUUUCCUCGCCCGCCGACGAGUCCAUCCUCAUCCUCUCUCUCACCGAGGACGAAAACCAGGAAGAAAUCGAAAUAAAAAAGUCCCCAGUGAAAGGACCCGAAGAGGAAAAGGAUCCCGUGAAGGAACUGCCCCCAACAGUCACCAAGAAAUCCGGAGAGAAGAGAAGAUCAAGAGGCGUCAAGCUCGGAUCAUCGGAUUCCGAUGAAGGAACAGCUCCUCCCACAACUCGAAGGCUGCCGGCGACACUGCAAGAACCAAAAGCGGUGGACAAGGAGAAGGAUCUUUCGGUAGAAAUCCCGGCUGCGCAAAACCCUAGAAAGGAGAAGGAGAAAGGUGCAAGCGGAAAGACUCAAUCUUGCUGCGAUAAUCCCCCCGAGGUGGUGAUCAAGAACCCGAUAAGUGCGGAGAAAUCAUCUGAUGCCAGCGGAUCAACUGAAACUCCGAAGACUAACCCACCGCUGGAUUUUAAUAAUUACAUGGAUGUACUAGCCGCUGUCUUUGGAGAGCCUGAUAUGAGCUUAGAGAACGUCGAUAUACUGGAGAUUGCUGCAAUGAGAGGGAUUCACAUUGAGCCUCCAAGAUGGCACAGGCCUGGUGGUUAUGGGCCCAAGCCGAAAGACUCAAAGAAAUGAAGGGGACGGUGGAUGACUUUUGGGGUCAGAACGUUGGUAUUCUGACAUUUUGCUCAUCAAGAGGCUUGCAUUUCUUACAUGCUAGAUUUUGCGGCGCCAGGUGUUUGAAGAAAUGCUUUACUCUUGGUUUGUUUAAUAUACUACUAUAUUAGUACUUUUGGGCAAGCUAUAGAACGCUAACUCUGUUACUGUAAUGCGUAGGAAGACACGUUAUAUGCUUAUAUGGUUUAUGUUGAUAAUUAGGAAGUGCCGUACUUAUAUAUGCCGCUUUGGGCUGCUUUGCUUGUCUUGUUUAGCUUUUAAGAUAUAUAUAAAACCAGUUUGUUGCAUAUUUUGUUGGA